GUGGGGUGAACACGCCGAGGGAGUAAAUCUCCACACGCUCGCUGCGCCGGCUCUGAUAGUGAAAAUCUGUUUUGUUUUUAUACACGGUAAACGAUGGAAAAACGGAUGAAACGAACAAGAGAAGAUGAAGAGUGUGUGCUUGAUGCGAAACAGGUUUUCGAUGGAGAUUUCAGGCGUUGGGAUGUAGAAGAGACAGCCGCUUAUCUGCGGAGAGAAGGACUCAGCGAAUGGGAGAAAAUAUUCAGAGAACAGAAAAUAACAGGUCCUGUUCUACCGUACCUUACAGAGCUGCAUUUGGAGAAGAUGGGUAUUUUUCCUCUGGGAUCUUGUCUGCGAGUUCUCCACUGCUUACAGAGACUCUGGCAAAUCUCAUCUGAUGCCAUGAAGGUUUUCAAUGACCCCAUUCAUGGCCAUAUUGAGUUGCAUCCUUUGUUGGUCCAAAUCAUAGACACGCCUCAAUUUCAGAGACUUCGCCACAUUAAACAGCUUGGAGGAACUUACCUGGUCUUCCCUGGGGCUUCCCACAACCGCUUUGAGCAUUCCAUUGGAGUGGGAUAUCUGGCAGGGUGUUUAGUCCAGGCUCUCAACGAGAGACAGCCAGAGCUCCUCAUAUCAAAGCAAGACAUUCUCUGUGUGCAGAUUGCUGGCCUGUGCCAUGACCUGGGUCAUGGCCCAUUCUCUCAUAUGUUUGAUGGUAUGUUCAUCCCUAAAGUUCGACCCAGUGAGAAGUGGAAGCAUGAGAUUGCCUCAGUGGAAAUGUUUGACCACCUGGUGAAGGUGAAUGGUCUGGAGGUGGUGAUGUUACAACACGGGUUGACCCUCCCAGAUGACCUUAUUUUCAUUAAGGAACAGAUUGCCGGGCCUCUACAUCCCCCCGUUCUAGACUGUACGUGGCCAUAUAAGGGCCGGCCAAAGGACAAAUCCUUCCUCUAUGAAAUAGUGGCCAAUAAAAGAAAUGGCAUUGAUGUCGACAAAUGGGAUUAUUUUGCUCGAGACUGUUAUCAUCUGGGGAUUCAGAACAAUUUUGACUAUCAGCGUUUCCUCAAGUUUGCACGAGUGUGUGAAGUGCGAGGAAAGAAACACAUUUGCACCAGAGACAAGGAAGUUGGUAAUCUCUAUGACAUGUUUCACACCCGUAACUGCCUCCAUCGACGAGCAUAUCAGCACAAAGUUGGCAACAUCAUUGAGAUCAUGAUUACAGAAGCCUUCGUAAAGGCUGAUCCUCAUAUCUGCAUCCAGGGUUCCUCUGGCAAGAUAUUCACAAUCUCUUCAGCUAUAGAAGACAUGGAGGCCUACACCAAACUCACCGAUCAUAUUUUUGAACAGAUUCUGUACUCGUCCUCGCCGGAGCUGUCUGAUGCUCGAGCCAUCUUACAAAACAUCAUCUGUAGACGUCUGUAUAAAUGUGUAGGUCAGACCACACCAGAGACACAUGUGGACAUAUCACAGGAAAAACUGCGUGAAUGGGAAAAGGAAGUGGCCAGUUCCAAACCCAGUGGUAUCAAUGGUGACCUCAGGGCUGAGGACUUUGUAGUUAGUGUCAUUCACAUGGAUUAUGGAAUGAAGGAUAAAAAUCCCAUGAACAGCGUUCACUUCUACUGCAAGAAUGACCCCAACAAAGCAAUCAAGAUUUGCAAAAAACAGGUGUCAAAACUCCUUCCGGAGCGCUUUGCUGAACAGCUCAUUAGGGUUUACUGUAAGAGGACGGAUGACAAGAGUCUUGAAGUGGCAAAGAAGUACUUUGUCCAAUGGUGCAUGGACAAGAACUUCACUAAACCACAGGAUGGAGAUAUAAUUGCUCCAGAGCUAACCCCGCUCAAACGGGACUGGCACACCCAGGAACAAGACAAUGAUGGCAGUGAGGAAGAUGACAAGUAUCCAGGAAUUAGAGAUGGAACACCCAGAAAAACUGAACGUCAUGUAAAAGUUAACCUUUUUCAGGCUAAGGGAGAAGAUAUAACUCUCUGACCAAUAUUACUGGCCAUUGGAAGUUAUCUCUGAAUGAACAGUGUGUUGUAUUUUCAGCUUUUUAUGUUUAUAGUUGUUGUUUUUUUUUUUUUAAAGACGCUUCCAUCGGUCUGUCUAGAAUGAUCAUGUGUCUCUUACCCUUUGUUUUUUUAUUGGUUAAAUGCUGAUCAUCUAGAGAAGCUAGUGAGAUGCAUUUUGACACUUAUUUAAAACUUUUGUUAUUACAUUUUGUUAUCUAGGACUCUGUUACAUUUUCUUUUCUCGAAUAUUGUAGCGCGACUCUGCUCACUAUGUGAGAAGACUAAAGAAUCUGCUACACUCUCAGGUCCUCAAACAUUUAAAUGUGUUUACAUCUGACAUUUAAUCAGGACAUAAAAUCAAGAGGACUUCAUUGUAAUCACAUCUGUAUAUCAGCAAGCACACUUCAGUUUUCAUAUUUGCAGUACUGUUUUUAGAACAGUAUUGGUUUGUGCUGUUGUGACCUCUUGUGCUCAGGGAUUUACUUUGGGCUUCCUUCAAAUGUUUUCCCUGCUCGUUUAAAACAAUGUCUCCUUGAGGGUGACAUGCUUUUCAGUAAUGUUUCAUUCUAUUAUGAAAUUAAAAUUGUCUUUCAAUCGCAGCACAAUCACAUCAGGCCAAAAUGGUUCAGAAUAUGGUAAAAUGGUGUUUUUUUUUUUUCCACAACCAUAGAGGAUGUUAGUUACAGCAUCAUAUUAACUUUUUCAACUAACUUUGACUUUCUGAAGUGUAGUUUGUGUGGAGUGAUGUUGUGUAUUUGACCAAGACCGAAUUUCUACUCUGUGGAAUUAAAAUUUUAAGUUGCA